GGUACCUAUAUCUUCGACUUCAGCUUGAUCUUAAAAAUUCAUAUCAGGGAAGAAGUCGGCCUCAAAAUUAAGAGAAACCAUGGCCACAAUAAAUCAAGACCUAACCAAUGGCACAGAUCAACCUAAUGGAGAAACAUGUAACGCCACAGCGAUGACUGCAGACAACCGUUCAAGCAGCGAAGACAUCAUUCUCCAGACCUUGAAGGAGGGUAUAGGUACACCUGAUGAAGCGCAUGGGUCCAGUGGUAGCAUUCAACAAAGCCAGAGGACAGUAUCGCCUACUGAUAAUCCCGAAAGCAGCAGCGACAACAUUCUUGAACUUGAAGGCAACUGGGAGAUGGAUGCAGAAAGCAAUUUAGAACUGAGAGGAACUGAUCGGAACCAGAAACCAACUCCAAAAGUUUUUACAGCAGGAGAAGGAGAGAUUGGGGGUUACCAUGGUGAGAGUCAUCUUUCCAUGAGGAUGUCCUCAGCCUGCAAAGGGCCUCUGAAGGAUGUUGACAAGGAUCAUCCUCAAAUUUGGGCACUACUCCCAAAGGGCUACGACUACCACGUCUGCGCCAUCGAGAUUCCAGAUCCAGAUAAGCCAGACCAGUUUAAGAUUGGUUUUCGUUUACCCAUCAAGACUGAAAAGGAGAUGGAUAGAUGGAUCAAGGAGUACCAGAAGGUCAGCUUUACCCAGUAUCGGGUUGGUCGUGGCAAUCGCAAGUCGAAGGCUGUCCGCAUUCUUUACCAAAGGCACCUGAAGUGCCAGCACAACAUCAUUCCAAGGAAGAAAAGUGAAACACCGAAGAGAUCCCUAACGGAUCGGAGCAGUGCGUGGCGCGGUCCCCAGCACACCGGAUGCCAGGCCAAGCUCAACAUUGCCAUCAGGGUGUACAUCAAGGAAAUCUCAAAGAAUCGUCUCAGUAGGAAUCGAGACGUCCAUAUGCCCGACUACCCGGCCAUGAUCUCAAUCACACACAUACACAACCACGAGACGAAGAGCAAGUACGCACUUCGCUUUCGUCCCGUGGACAAGACGAUGGAGGCGUUCUACACGGACCUCUUCAAAGCGGGUCAUAGCGCCCUCACAGCAUGGAGUUUCUUCCAGUGGAAGCGCUGGGCAGAGUAUGGAAUAGACUAUGAAAGGAUGAUUAUGGAUAGGGCGUACAAUCCGGAUAUGGCCUAUGUAUACAGGAUUUUCUAUCGCAUGAUCAGAGAGAGGAAGCCUCACCUGAUGAAACCAGUCAAGACCUCCAAGCAACGCAGCACGGGCGUGGUCCAGACCAGCACCCCUGCUACCUUGGGCGCCACAACCCUAGGGGUGUCCUCUACCGGUGCACUUACCAACGGUGGACUCCCCAACGGUCUAGGCACCGAGGUCAUCAUGGAGGGGGAUGAAGGAGAAGGAGACGUCCCUCAAACGAAGCGCAUGAAACUUGAUGUUGGAGGAAACACAGUUAUAGAAGCAGAUGUAAUCAAGGACAAUUCAAACUCAGGAAUCAUUUUCAUGGAGACGUCUUCUGUCAUGGCCAGCUCCGGCCUCCUCGGUAGCACCACCUUGAACAAUUCAAACCAAGAAUCCGAGACGUUUGCCGAGGAAGAAAUACUGGAGGAGGAGGAAGAAGAUUCCAAAGACUUUUUUGCACAUGGUUUUAGAACACGCAUCCGAGGUAAGAACCUGAAGCGGAAGAAUCUGGUGAACCUGAAGGAGCUAUAUGAAGACUUGGAGCAGCUGAUAUCGAAGCAUGUCAACGAGGUUCACCCCGCUCAUGCCCACCUCGCGAGGAUCACGGGCGACAGGGACGAUAUGAUCAUCGCGAUCUGUACCCCGCUCAUGAGACGGGCCCAUGGGAAUCUCCCCGCAGCAGGGGAACUCUGUAUCCUCGACGGGACGUACCAGAGCUUUGGUCAGGUCAUGUGCUACGUGGUGUCCUUCAUGGUCCCGACCAACGCAGGAGGGAUUCCUCUAGGGUUCCUGGUCCUGUCGUCUAUGGACCAGGUCUUCAUUACACAGGGCUUAGAACUCUUCAAGAUGCUCAUUCCUGAUGAUGCCUUUGGAUGCAGAGGACGAGACGGGCCAUCAUUCUUCUUGACCGAUGAAGAGCACUUCAAGCUGGAGGUCGUCCAAGCGACCUUUCCCAAUGCCAAUGUCCUGAUCAGUCCCUACCAUCUGAUCACGAUGACGUGGAGAUGGAUGGCUGAUCCGAAGAGACGGAUCCAGACCAAGCACCACGCUACCAUCUUUGGUUUCGUCAAGGACUUGGUAAACAGCCAGUCAGCUGAAGAGCUAAACAGCAUACACAUCCAGAUCCUCAACAGUGAGGUCAAUAAAACGUACAGGGAGUUUGCCCCGUUUGUGAUAGCUGGUAUCGUGAACCGAUGGAACGAGUGGAUGCUGCCCGAUGACCAUCCCAUCCACACGAUGGGUGUGGGGUCAUGCCCCUGGCAGAAAGUCAUGAACUGUAUGAGAGACAGGGUUCUGAUGAAGGGAAGACACUUCAACAUCUUACAGAUGACCCAUUUUCUUCUGAAUGGAGUUGAUGGAGCUUACCAGACAAACUUGGAGGAGGGGUGUAAGAAUGACCCCAGUGACCUCUCUUUUACCCCCAUCUUCCUAGAUCCUUAUAUAACCAAGACUGGCAUCACUCAGCUCAGCCCAACUGAAUACCACGUCAACCCGAGGAAUAAAAAUCUCUUUGGAGUCUUGACGGUCAACUCCGAAUUCGGCGUCUGCUCCUGUAUCGCCGGGAGGGCGGGCUAUUACUGCGUCCAUCUCGCCUCUGUUUACAAGUUCUUCAAUGUCCCCAUCACGUCGAGGGCGCCGUUCGAGUUGUCGGAGGAGAAAUGCCGCAUCUAUAAACUUGCCACAGGAAAGAAAAUCAUUCACGAGCAACUGCUGGACACCAUGCAACAGCUCGCCCAGGUCGUGGAAGCCAACAUGUCGACCCUGAAAGUGCCUAUCAAACACUUCAUCGAACAAAUCGAAAGAGCUGACUCGGCCUCGGGGCUCGUCACCGCUCUUGAGAGGUUCCAGGUUCUGACGAAAGAAGAGGAGGAAGAAGCGAAGGAUCGGAUGGAAAGAGAGAAGGUGGAAAAGGUGGCGGAGGCAAGAAGGGAGGAGGCGAAGAGGAGAGAGGAGGAAGAACAGAGGAGGAGAGCGGAGGAAAGAUUGAAGGAGGAGCAGCAGAGAAUGGAGGAGAAGAGGAAGGAGGAGGAAGAGAAGAAGGAAGAAGAGAAGCAGAAAGAGGAGGAAAAGAGGAAGAAGGUGGAAGGACUAUCCUGGCUUUUCUCCGAGAGUGCAAACCUUGUUGUGAAGACCAUCGUGAGCUCUGAAAAGGUACCAGAUAAGAAAGCGACGGAAGCAGAAGCGGGAAAGAAGCCACGUACGCCAAUCAUGACACCAGGACGGGCUGUGACGCGUGGCGUAACUCGCAUGCAGGACUCAGAAAACAGAAAGAAAACACCAGCAAAGAGACUAGCAAAGUCACAAAGAACUCGAUCCCCUUCAAAGCAAACUGUACAAGCAGUCAAAACAUAUAUUGAUAGCUUAGAAGAAGAGAACGCAAAGGAUAAAAAUCUGAUUUUGCUUAUGACGGAUGAGGGAGGGAUGCUGGUGAAAGGAACAGUGGCCGAGAUGGCAUCGCUAGGUAGGGUGCUUGUCAUUAAUAAGCCAAUCACGGACCAGCAGGUUGGUAUGGUAGUGAUGAAGGACAAAAAGAAGGGGAAGAAGAAAGGGAAGUCGUGACACGAAAGCAUGAUCGGUGGAAAUCGACCAAUCGGAUGCAAGAUGCUGACCGCAUGGGGGUGUGGAUGAUGUUCAGUCAACCAAUCAUAGAUCAGCAAGUCGUGCCAUCAAAAUAUGAUCAGUUGGCACUCACUGAUCGGGUGCAGCAUGUAUUCAUGGGCAAAUGAUCAUGUUAUGCUAACCUGUCGGUGAUUGGCAAGUGGUGACAUGAGAAAACAUCAAUUGGAACUGACCUAUCAGAUGGGACGCGCAGUUCCGCUAACCAGUCAAAGAUCAGCAAGUCAUUUGCCAUCAUAUCAUGAUCAGUUGGACUGACCAACCAGAUGGUAGGGUCAGUUCUGCUAGC